GUGAGGGCCAAGGAAAGGAAAGGGGCUGUUCCAACAACCAAACGGACAGGCAUUCCAGCUCCACGGGAACUUUCAGUAUCUGCCUCAAGAGAGAGAUCUGUGCCACGUGGUUCCUCCAACCCGAAGAAAUCGGGGUCUAGUCCAACCUCCUCUUCCACCCCCACCCCUACUAAGCACCUGAGGACCACUUCUGCAAAACCCAAGCAAGAACAUGAAGGUGGAGAGAAGGCUGUGCUUGAGUCCCAAGUUCGGGAACUUCUGGCUGAAGCCAAAGCCAAAGAUAGUGAGAUCAACCGGCUUCGAAGUGAACUAAAGAAGUGCAAAGAGAGAAGGGCUCUGAGCACUGAGGGGACUGAUGCUUCAGAACCAAGUGCAAAUGGAACAUCAGCUCCACCAGGAGAUGCAGAACCCUUGAUAAGAGCCCUUGAGGAGAAGAACAAGACCUUUCAAAAAGAGCUUGCUGACCUAGAGGAAGAAAACCGGGCUUUGAAGGAGAAACUGACUUACCUUGAGCAUUCUCCAAAUUCAGAAGGGGCAGCAAGUCACACUGGUGACAGCAGCUGCCCAACAUCCAUAACUCAAGAGUCAAGCUUCGGAAGCCCAACUGGAAAUGAGCUGUCAAGUGAAAUUGAUGAGUACAAAAGAAACACACAUGGAAGUGUGUUACGGGCAUCAGGGUCUUCAAGCAGUGAUGUUACCAAAGCCUCCUUGUCACCGGACGCCUCUGAUUUUGAACACAUCACCGCAGACACUCCAUCUCGGCCCCUGUCCUCUACUAGCAACCCUUUUAAGAGCUCCAAAUGUUCUACCACUGGUAGUUCCCCAAACAAUGCGAGUGAGCUGUCCCUGGCCUCUCUUACUGAGAAGAUACAAAAGAUGGAAGAGAAUCAGCACAGCACUGCAGAGGAGCUGCAGGCUACUCUGCAAGAAUUAUCUGACCAGCAGCAAAUGGUGCAGGAACUGACAGCUGAGAAUGAGAAGCUCGUGGAUGAGAAGGCAAUUUUAGAGACGUCCUUCCACCAGCAUCGAGAGAGGGCAGAGCAACUAAGUCAAGAAAAUGAGAAGCUGAUCAAUCUUUUACAAGAGCGAGUAAAGAAUGAAGAGCCCAGCACCCAAGGAGAAAAAAUCUUUGAGCUGGAGCAGAAAUGCACAGAUAUUCUUGAGAAGAGCCGCUUUGAAAGAGAAAAACUGCUCAACAUUCAGCAGCAGUUGACUUGCAGCUUACGGAAGGUUGAGGAAGAGAACCAAGGAGCAUUAGAUAUGAUUAAGCACCUGAAGGAAGAAAAUGAAAAACUGAAUGGGUUUCUCGAACUAGAACGGUGUAAUAAUAGUGUGAUGGCCAAAACUUUGGAAGAAUGUAGAGUUAGUUUGGAAGGUUUGAAGAUGGAGAAUGGGUCCUUGAAGGCUCAUUUGGAGGGUGAUAAGCAAAAGGCCAUGGAGACCAGUAGUGCCAUGGAGCAGACAGCAGACAACUGCGAAGUUCAGGAAAUGUUGAAAGUAGCUCAAGCUGAGAAAGAUCAACUGGAAUUGUCAUGCACCGAGCUUAGACAAGAAUUGUUAAAGGCAAAUGGUGAAAUUAAACAUGUUUCAGGCCUGCUAGCCAAGGUAUUUGAUUGAAGGUGUAGAAACGAUUUCGUUAGUGAUUCCUAUCCAAGCACUCAUAAAUGAAGCUUCACA